AUGGGCCUCGUUCGUACAACAGUCCUCACAGGACUACUCGGCACGUCGACUGCCGCCGCCUACCUGGCUACCCGCAACCCGGUUAUCUCCCCCCUCCCCGCGGCGGACCCCGUCUGGUCGUCCAGUGUCUACAAGAAGCAGAACCCAUCGCGCAACCCCGCAACACAAGACAUCUGUGUCAAGCGUGUUCCCCUCGACAAGAUAAGACCGGAGCUAUUGAAAAAAGAUGGCGACUUGGCCCUCGAGUUCUGCCGUGGCGUCUGGGGUGGUUGGGGCUUUGCCAUACAGCGGAAGUACCUCGAGUACAAGUACCGUGGUCCCGAGACUGCCACCCAGCUCUGGGACACUGAGCAGCUUCAAACGAGCACCUACGACAAAGGUACGCAACUCGUUGAUCAUUUCGAAGUUCUCGAAAAGACACCUACCUCUAUUACCGUGCGUGCUGGUGAUACGCCCCGCACAAAAGGACCGCGCGCUUCGGACGGCAUCUUCAUUAUUAGCGCCACUGUCGACAAGGCCCACGAGCAGGUCGAGUUGAGCCUCAAGAGUGUCUUUUUUUCCAGCGAGGGCAAGAUUGCUGGCAACAAAAGCCCUAUGCCGCCGUGGAUUGAAGAGCUGCACCAGUGGUACUCGCGUAUCAUGAGUGAGACAGCGUCGUGGAAGUUGUUGAAAUAA